CAUUAGCUGUUUAGGUUUAAUUACUAAUGUUAACUAGGAUUUUAGUUAACAAUAAUUAGCCUGUGUCUAUGUAAUUUCCUUACAUAUACAUACGCUCUCCGUCUUUGCAAGAUUGGGAAUGAUUGAGAUUUCUCUUGGCACAGCUACAAGUGACUUACAACUUUCAGACACGUUGCUCACGUCACAACUACGUCGCAAGCACAGUUGGUGGCUACGCAGUAACCCGGGAUCUAAUGGUCCAUUUCUUUAACUGUCUAUGGACAACACACUACUUACACAGUACUUACCGGUCACAUGGAGAAACUACUGCAGAUGAAAGAUGCUCUGCAGCUUUGCAUAGACAGACAUAAAGACGAGCUGCACAGUUUGAGUCUGGACAUUUGGAGCCGACCUGAACUUGCCGGAAACGAGACACACGCCCACGACAGGCUGGUCAGCUUUUUUUCUCAGGACCAGACAUGGAGGGUAGAAAGUCAUUACAAAAUACCGACUGCAUUUCGGGCCAGCUGGGGUACAGUCGGUGGCGGGGAGGGGCAGCAGCCGGGGCUGAACGUGGGGUUCUUAUGCGAGUACGACGCGCUUCCAGGCAUCGGGCACGCGUGCGGGCAUAACCUGAUAGCAGAGGUGGGAGCUGCCGCUGCCCUGGGGCUGAAAGCUGCAUUAGAGAACCAGACUGAGCUCCCUGAACCAGUGAAGAUAACAGUUCUAGGAACACCUGCAGAGGAAAAUAUAGGAGGCAAAAUUCAAUUGAUCAAGGCAGGAGCCUUUGCUGACAUCGACCUUGUCUUUAUGGCUCACCCAGCUCAGCAAGAUGCUUCUUUUCUGCCCUGUGUCACAAUUGAUGAGGUGUCAGUGAAGUACCAUGGGAAGGCAUCUCAUGCUUCUGCAUACCCUUGGGAGGGAGUGAAUGCCCUGGAUGCUGCUGUGCUGGCUUACAACAAUCUCUCUGCACUCAGACAGCAACUCAAACCAGAGUGGAGGCUUCACGGCAUCAUCAAACAUGGAGGGGAGAAGCCCAACAUUAUCCCUGCCUACACUGAGCUAGAAUUUUAUCUCCGCACGCCGCGGGUUAAGGAUCUUUGUGACCUGAAGGCCAAAGCUGAGGCUUGCUUCAGGGCAGCCGCUGUUGCCACCGGCUGCCAAGUGGAGAUAAUCUAUCCAACCGAUUGCUAUGAUAGCAUUCUGCCAAAUGCCACACUGGCAAACCUGUAUGAAAAUAAUGGAAAAGCUUUGGGGAUUCAGUUUCCAGAGCAGCCAGCCAACUUCUCUGGUUCUACAGACUUUGGCAACGUGUCAUUCAUAGUCCCCGGUAUCCAUCCUUUCUUCUACAUCUGCACCGACGCGUUUAACCACACUGAGGAAUACACCGAAGCAGCAGGAGCUGAAAAGGCCCAGUUGUUCACCCUGAGGACAGCCAAAGCCCUGGCUAUGACAGCUGUGGAUGUGGUGUGCUGCCCUGUUCUGCUGAGGCAAGUGAGAGAGGACUUUAGACUGGCCAAACUGAAACAGGAGUAAUAACUAAAUAUAUAAAUAUAGGACAUGGGCUUUAACUCAAGGGCACAUAUUGGCAAACAGCAAUUCCAACAGUUUGUAUAGUUACUGUUAAAGGAUAGAGCUGUAAAACUAGAACUCAAUAAGGCCUCUGCAAAUCUCAAAUACCUCCAUUAAGUUGGACGAGCUCAUUCCCACUAAACUAGAACUGGUGUUGUCAACUGGUGCUCGCUGAGGUUCAAUGCCAACUUAGGAACCUGUUGUUUCAGGUAAUGUGGUGGCCAUUGACUGUAAAAUUAAUUGGACAGACUGACAUGUUCGACGAAGUGCUGCAAAUGCUGAAGUGCCUUAAACAUUCUAUCUGAAUUCCAGCAGGGGGCGUCACGUACGGUUGCAAAAGUAAAUCAGUUUCUGUAGAAGUCUAUGACAAAGUUACCCACUUCUCACUUGAUUUUUUUACCUCAGUAAACAUUUUCAUAAUGAGUUUAUGGUCCUAAUUGCUAGUUUUAAGUCUUCUGCAACGCAGAAUGAUGUUCAUUUUUUGAAUUAUUUGAAUUAAAUUCGGCGAUAAAGCCGGGGUAUUUUACGGCGUGGGCACAAUAUGAUUGCCAGUGAAAGUGUGUAACGUAGAAUGUAAAGGCUCUACGAUAAAGUCUAGUGGUUGGUUGGUCCACUACUUUGGUCCAGACUGAAAAUCUUUAACAAUUAUUGGAUGGAUUAAGAUGACAUUUUUACAGACUUUCAGUUUAUACAAUAUUCAGAUUAUGAGACCUGCUGGUGAUCCCGCUGGAUUUUUGAGGUUAAAGAUUUUGGUUCUGUUUUGGUAACUAUUAGAUCUAUUUUUUUCAAUACUUUGGUUUGGACCAGAUACCUGCAAAACCUUUACAUCUCAUUACAAACCUUUACCUUUACAUUACACCUUAGCUGUAAUUUGCAUUUAGUAAUAAUUAACAAAUGUCAGCACGCUAAACUUAUAUGUGUUAACAUUUAGCAUUUAGCAUCGCUCUGCCUACAGUACAGUCUCACAUAGUCGCUAGCAUUGCUGUAGACUUAUUUUGUUUUUAGAUGUUUGUUCAUCCAUCCAUCGCUGUCCACUCAUCCGAGGACGGGUCGCCAGACGUUUGUAUUGAAAUUAUUUUAUUAAUCAUGAUAUAGGUAUUGAUUGCGUUGGUAUGAUGAUGUUGCCCAUUAACCAGGAGUACAUCAAGAACCACAAUUAAAAAAGCCUAAACAUUAUUAAUUUUGUAGUUGUGAUUUGUUGUACUAUAAAUAAUUGUACCAACAGUAUUGCAGCAAUUUCAUUGGGCUGUUGACUCAUUUAGAUUUCUGGCAUGCUUUCACCAGCACACACGUCAAUCCAAAACCUUGGUUUCCCUUGAGUGGUCACAGAUGUGGUGGCAAAUCAAGUUCUGGACAUCUCUUUUAUGGUUUAUCAUUUUCAUGUCUUCUGGAGUGAUGACUUUGUUCAAGGUCUUUUGCAAAAUUAUGGUGCACAAAGUUUGAAUUGUCAACUUGUCCUUUAGGGUGUUACUAGGAUAAAAAAAGUUUAAAAAGAAACAUUCUUCAAGAUAAUCCACAGUUUUGCCUGUAAGAAAUCAGAAAAUUGGCUUAAUGAUAUAUAUCUAUAUCUUUUUACGUCACAUGUGAACGGUUAAGGGUAUUACAGAUUAUGCAGUUUAUAUGAUUUGGUAUUAAAGCUCAUCAGCAAUCAGGCCUGUGCUAUAGAGAGAAGAGAGACCUGGCAGCUAGUGGCAAUCCAGUGUCUAAUAACUGUGAAAGCUUAUCCUCCAGCACUGUUUUAAAUAUACUGUAUAAGAGAGCAGGAAAAUGGGAUACAAAUUUUGGACUGUGACAUUAGAGGUUGUUUCAGCAGAUUUUAAUUGAUGUCUGCAGAAGCAAAAUUC